UACAUUUAACCAUCAACUCUAAGAAGCAGGCACCAUUAUUAUCUCCGUGCUGCAGUGGGGAAACAGAGGCAUAUGUGGUUUUUCUGGGUCUCACUAUGUAUCCCUGGCUGGCCUAGAACUGUAUAAAGAAAAAAAUAGGCUGACUUUGAACUCAACAGAACAUCUAUAUGUCAUUGAUAUCUACCCGCCUCGACCUCUGGAGUGCUGGGAUUGAAGGUGUGUCUGGCCACGUGGUGGUUUCCUUUGUAAAAGGACUGACACCCUUCCUUGAACCCCUAGGAGGUGUGACUCCAGGGCUUGGAAGGAAACUUCUACUAGGCCAAGUUAGCAGUACAGGGAAAAUGUCCUUAAUGAAUGAAGACACUGUGGACGUGAUGGGCCCCGUCAGCUGUGCUAAAGAACUUCCUCAGCAAGAAGUUUUCCUGGAAUUAGUAGUGCAGGCUGUAAUCGUAGCUCUUGGGGAGUGGAGUCAGGAAGAUCAGAAGUUCAAAGCCAGCCUGGGGUAUAUGUCUACACAACAGCAUCGAGGCUCAGUGUCUUUGCUGGGCCCUGUGGCCGCAGUUACUACAAAAAUGAAAACAUGCGGCCUGUUCUGCAGGAGAUACAGUCCCAGGCUGAGGGAGAAAGACACAUUUACCCCGUAGUCAGAGAGGUGACAGCUGACCAUCCCACAGUGUGGGGACACCCAGCAGCCCUCGGGGUCUACUGGUAACGGCAGAGUAAGCAGAAAAGAGAUGGGGGCACUAAGCUUGUCUGUAAGGAAUCACUGGAAAGGCGAGAGGGCUCAUGCGUGCUGAAUGGACAGGGGCAGGAGUCAGGACGUGUCUGAGAGGGAGUAUGCCCCAGUGGCAGAUGCCAGCGCUUCUGUGAGUUUGAUGUUAGAAAUAUGGAGAGUGUUUGAAGGGGUACAUGGACUAACUAUGGUUGUGUGGACAUGUGAUUCAUGAACAGAUGUUCUGUUGACUUGGUUGUGGAGGAAGGGCCUGAGCCAGGAGAGGCUGGAGUAGAAAGCGGCCUUUGAGGUGGUCUUCAUUUGGGGGCUGAGGGACUCAGUGUGAGUACUGUGUAGAGAGCAGGGUUGUGCAGGGAUGGAGGCGAUGUGAAGAGGAGUCUGGCCAAAGCAGUACAAGAGAGUAGGUCCAGGAAGGAGGAGUUGUUUCUCUGCGGUGGCCAGUAAGCUUAUGAACACAGGCAGGGAGCCGGCUGCCCCUCAGUGGGGAACUGAGGCAGUGGACUGCACCUCUUGCUGAAGAAAAGAGCCAAUGAGUGGAUAUGGAAAAGCGGUUUUGGAGGGAGGGACAGGCGGCCUGGUGACAAUCCUCCAACCUUUCCCAAACGGUGCACCAACUCAGGACUAGACAUUCGGAUAUAUGAGCUUGUGAGGGCCGUGCUCAUUCAAACCACCACACUCUGUUUGUUGCACCACUAUUCACGGUGGUACAGAUGGGAUUCCUAUUAACAGAUAAAUGGAUGAAGAAAAGGUGUGUGUGUGUGUGUGUGUGUGUAUGUGUGUGUGUGUGUGUGUGUGUGUGUGUGUGUGUAAACACUAGAGUACCACUCAGCUGUAAAGAGAAUUACAGGUAUCAUCUGAAGAAAUACAUGGAACAGGAAAUUACGUUAAACAAAAGAAGGCAGAGGUAUAAAGACAAGAACGCCUUCAUUUCUCUAGAGGGACUGUUACUUCAAAUGCUAGAGAGGUGGGAGGGGCAGAAGGGGCUGAAGAAAGGGUCCAAGCACAGCAUAUGCAGAUGUGUGAAUGUCACCGUCAAAUCCACCAUUGCAUAACCAGUGUACGUUGGUAAUUCUGUUGAAAAAAAGAUUUAUUUAUUUUAUGUAAGUGGUCUAUCUGCAUGUCCACCUUUAUGCCAGAAGAGGGCAUUAGAUCCCACUAGAGAUGGUUGUGAGCCACCAUGUGGUUGCUGGGGAUUGAACUUAGGACCUCCAGAAGAGCAGCCAGUGCUCUUAACCACGGAGCGUCUGUCCAGUCCCUGCUUUAGUAAUUCUAAUACAAACAAUUAGAAGGUGAGUUGGUGACUCAUGCCUGUAACCUCAGGACUCAGGAGGUUGAGGCAGCAUGCUGCUGUGAGUUUGGGGCCAACCUGGGCUACACACUGAGUCCCAGGCCAGCCUGGGCUACACAGUGAGCACCAGGCCAGCCCAAGCUGUAACGCAAAGGAAAACAAGUCACAUGAGAAGAAUGAACUCAGAUCUUGUGACUCUUGAGAAAUCACUGAAGAUUGAGGACACUGGGGCUGGAGAGGUGGACCAGUGGUUAGAGCAUGCGGGCUCUUAUAGUCAGGAAGGAAAGGGAUUUCCCUCUAGUUGUGUGGCUGUAUUAUUGUCUCAGAUGUGAACUCGGGGAGCUGGGUGCAGAGUUUAUGUGAACUCUGCAAGCUUUUUUAAAGUAUAAAUUAAUUUCUACGUGUAUUUCUGUGUCUGUGUGUCUCCGUGAGCUGGGGUCUGUAACCGUGAGCUCUGUGUGAGAUGGCUGGCCACAGCCAGGGCAGCAUUCCUCCCUCAGUGCUGGGGCUGAGGCAGGGGCCUUGAUCGCACCCCAAUUCCAGCCCAGGUUAGCAUAGCUUCUUGGUACACACCAGUCUCUGUCUUGGAGAAAACAUCGUAAGGAAAAGGCCAUUGUGACACUUGCUUGUAACCUUAGCAUUUGGGAAACAGGAAGAUUAUGAGUUCAAGUCUGUCUUAGACUACAUAGGGAAAUUCCAUCUCCAAAAAGAGGGAGUGGGAAGAGAAAGAAAAGAAAAAGACAUUGUGCCAUGACACUGAGUUAUUUGACUUUAAUUUCUCUGUUCUAAACAGGUUGACAAAGGACACAAACCCUUCUACUCCCUGUAGCUUUUUUUUUUUUUCAGUUUCUUCUGUAAACCGAAACAUCUCAAAAUGGAGGCCUAAAACCCUUAAAGGGACUUAGUCUAACCUCGGGGGUGGGGGGGGUAGUUUUGUGCAUGGAAGGACAGAUUAAUCACUAAGUGGACUUUUGGGGUCACUGUUUGAGAUGCUCAUUUGAAGCCUGUACUCUGACUCUGAGGUGUGAUUAUUAUGAUUUGGUUGUGAAUUUGACUACUGGAAAGGAAAGAGUUCUGUGACUGGGCACAGUGUUGAGACACUCUUCAGAAAGCCUGGCAUCUCCCACUGACUGACAGCUUUAAAAAGUGCCCGUGUUCAGGAAAGAUCCAGACAUGUGUGCCGGUUAUCCAGAGGACAUGAGUAGUCAGCCUUCUGCUGGAGUAGAGACGUGUGCUCACGAGGUCGCUGACAUGUUAAAAGAUUGCAACAACAACAGAGAACAAACAGGAACAAAAUGUUCCAGUAGGCCCUGCAGAUUUAGAGGAAGACAGACAGACAAUACAUGAGCAUUGAGAAACCGUCUGCCCACAACGCCAUUUGUCCUCUAAAGGUCUGCAUUGAGGGUCUUUUAGAUAGACUGCAAGCGUGGGAAUGGCAGCAGCUACUUAUUCUGAUCAACGAGCCCGUUUAGUCAGGAAGAAAACGUCAUAGAAUGACCAAGUUUUCAUAACCUUGUAAAGGGGGCACUGAGGUUAGACACAGUGAUUUCCCCUGAGGGAUACUUGUGACAGCUGUGGGAUGCAGGAAGCCACACCAGCCGGUGGCAGCCAACUCCUGGGCCGUUGUUCUAGAGGCAAGUGCUCAGCCUAGUAGUAAAACUGACCCAAAGCCAUGCACAAAGCUACCUCCCCAGAGGAAGGCUCAUCCCUUCCCCUCCCCACCGUUUCGUCAUGAACAUGGUUCAAGACAGUGUCUUCCUGUCCAAGCUGAUGAAGAGUGCCGGCACCUUUGAGUUGAAGUACGACUUUUCCUGUGAGCUGUACCGCUUGUCCACGUACUCGGCCUUCCCCGCUGGGGUUCCUGUCUUGGAAAGGAGCCUGGCUCGCGCUGGCUUUUAUUACACGGGUGUCAAUGACAAGGUCAAGUGCUUCUGCUGCGGCCUGAUGCUGGACAACUGGAAACAAGGGGAUAGCCCUGUUGAGAAGCACAGACAGCUGUACCCCAGCUGCAGCUUUGUUCAGACUCUGAAUCCAGCCGGCCGCCUGGAAGCCAGCCCUCAGCCCCCUCUUCCAUCUGCAGUGCCUUCACUAUUUACAAGUUUGGAGAACACUGGCUAUUUCAGCGGCUCCUAUUCAAGCUUCCUCUCAGACCCUGUGAACUUCAGAGCAAACCAAGAUUGUCCAGCUCUGAGGACAAGUCCUUCCCACAUUGCAAUGAAUACAGAGAAGGCCAGAUUACUCACUUAUCAAAUGUGGCCAUUGUCCUUUCUGUCACCAGCUGACCUGGCCAAAGCAGGCUUCUACUAUGUGGGACCUGGAGACAGGGUGGCCUGUUUUGCCUGUGGUGGGAAGCUGAGCAACUGGGAACCGAAGGAUGACGCUAUGUCAGAACACCGUAGACAUUUUCCCAACUGUCCAUUCUUAAAAGAGUCGAGUCAGUCUGCUCUAAGAUACACUGCCUCUAACCUGAGCAUGCAGACCCUCACGGCGCGUGCGAGAACAUUCCUUAACUGGCCAUCCGGUGCUCUGGUUCAUCCUCAGCAACUUGCAAGUGCGGGCUUUUAUUACACAGGACACAGUGAUGAUGUCAAGUGCUUUUGCUGUGAUGGUGGGCUGAGAUGCUGGGAGUCCGGAGAUGACCCCUGGGUGGAGCACGCCAAGUGGUUUCCAAGCUGUGAAUAUUUGAUAAGAAUCAAAGGACAAGAGUUUGUCGGCCGAGUUCAAGCGGGGUACCCUCAUCUGCUGGAACAGCUACUGUCUACCUCAGACACCCCAGAAGAUGAGAGUGCAGAGUCACCAAUUGUGCAUUUCGGACCUGGCGAAAGUUCAGAAGAUGCGAUCAUGAUGAACACGCCUGUGGUUAAGGCAGCUUUGGAAAUGGGCUUCAGUAGGAGCCUGGUGAGACAGACGGUUCAGCAGCAAAUCCUGGCCACCGGUGAGAACUACAGGACCGUCAGCGACCUCGUGAUAGGUCUGCUUGAUGCAGAAGACGAGAUGAGAGAGGAACAGAAGGAGCAGGCAGCUGAGGACACAGAGUCAGAUGAUCUAACAUUAAUCCGGAAGAACAGGAUGGUGCUUUUGCAGCAUUUGACGUGUGUGACGCCGAUCCUCGACUGUCUUCUGAGUGCCGGGGCAAUCACCGAGCAGGAGUACAACGCUGUGAAACAGAAACCACAGAGCUUGCGCGCAGGAACACUGAUUGAUACCGUGCUAGCAAAAGGGAGGCCUUCAGCAACCUCGUUCCGAACCGCCCUCCAGGAAUGUGACCCCGUGCUCUACAAAGAUUUAUUUGUGCUACAGGACAUUAGGCGUCUCCCCACAGACGACCUUGCAGCUCUACCAAUGGAAGAGCAGUUGCGGAAACUUCAGGAAGAAAGAACGUGUAAAGUGUGCAUGGACGGAGAGGUGUCCGUUGUGUUCAUUCCCUGUGGCCAUCUGGUUGUCUGCAAAGACUGCGCCCCCUCUCUGAGAAAGUGCCCCAUCUGUAGAGGCACCAUCAAGGGCACUGUGCGCACCUUUCUCUCCUGAUGAUCCGCAGCGGCUACCCCAGUACCUGGGCAGUGAGUGCAGGAGGGGCGGAAGGUCAGUGUCAUCCUCAGCUAUAUGCGGAGCUCGAGGCCAGUCUGGACUGCACAAGACACCAUCUCAGAAUAAAUCAGCAAAUACUUAUAAAAAUGAAAAACGAGGGGAAAAAGAAAAAAUGGUGCCUAAACUCAAGAAUGAAUGGAUUAGCUAUGUAAUAGUUUAACUAUUAAACUGAUUUCGUUUCCUUAAAAGUGCUAUUUAAGGAAAAAAGAGUUCUGAGUUCCAACUCAGAACGCCAUUUUAUGUACACGAAUUUAUGUAACACCUGCCUCUGAAGACAUGCACAUGCACACUCCCAUGCUGGGAGAUAGGCUUGGUUUAUGAUGCUGGCAUUGUUUAUGGUGCAGAAUUUGAAAUCUUUUUGAGUUGCCUUAAGAACUGGGAACACAGAUUUUCCCACUUCUUUUCUAAGUGUUUUAUGCAUGGAAACUCCUGUUAUUUAUUGAAUCACAUUUUAGGAAUAUGAAAUUUUUAUAAAGAAGUUGUUAGGAAAAAUUAAUAAAGCAACAAAAUUA